AUGGAAAAUCCAUGUCAAUCCUCAAGUGUGUUAAAUGGCAGAAGAAACGGAAAGCCGAAAACUCAUAAGAAAACCCUUCUGGAGACAAUUUUGGAGAAAUUUCUGUCGAAAUACGCCAAGUGCUCGGACACAAACGUCAGGCGGAAGCCGACAAAUAUGGAGAAACGGAUCGCUAAACUGGAGGUGCUGAUUAAAAGACUCCAGCGUGAGAUAUGCGAAUUAUCAGCGAAUGCCGGGGAAUCAUAUGAGGAGAUGAGGUGCCCGAACAGAGGCCUCACAAAUUCAGAAGGUGAGAGUACAUACUCUUGUUCACCGUGCCAAAUCGAAACGGUGAUUGUUAAGGACAUCAAUUUCAAGUCGUCAAAGCUCCUCGAAAUGGGGACCGAUAUCCGCAGCCUGGAGAAAAUUCUCGAUCUAGACGCCUCAGAUCGGAGAAAAAGUGCUUUGAUCAAACUGUGCGAAGAAGUCGAGAACGAGUGUGAGAACAACAACAUGGAAGAGGAAAUCGAUGAAUUGAUAUACGAGCUCAAAUCAGAAGUAUGCAACAAGCACACUUCUGUGAGAAACUGUGCAAGCACCGUGAAUAAUUCGAAAGAAAACUUACCAAGAAGCUCU